AUGACAUUCAUGAUUUGUUUUGUUGCCAGUGUUGAUGGUGUUGUUGUUGAAAAGGAAAAAGCUCGAGUGACAUUUGAAAAUGAAGUUCGGAAUGAUGUUGAUCCUGGUCUUGUUGAAAUGAUUCAAGGAAAUACAUUUUGUACAAGAGUUUAUCCAAUACAACAUGGAGGCACACGAACAGUACGUGUUAUUUAUCAAGAUCAAGUGAAAGUCGAAAAUAAUAAUUUCUUCUUCAAUAUUCCAAUCUAUUUUACAACUACUCUCAACAGUUUGAAUAUUUCAUUAUUUUGUGCACAAGCAUCAAAUCAUGAUCAACCAGAGGUUCUUUUAAAUGCUAAACUAAAACAGCCUUUUGUCCACUCAAAUGGAAAAUAUUGUUCUGAAUUUCAUCAAGUUAAUGUUCAACAAUUAGGAGGUGAACGGUCGAUUACGUACAUGCUUAACAAUUUGGCAUUAGAACAACCCAUCUAUAGUGUAGAAAUCGAUCCCGAUGAUCAUAGUGAAGCUUAUUUUGCUCUAUCCUAUAUGCCACCAUUACCGCAAUCCAAUGAAGUUAAACUCGAUAGUCAAAAAACAAUGUCCGUUUGUAUACUAUGGGAUGCAAGUUUCAGUCGAACUAAUGUUGAAAAUCCAAAUCACGAAAUAAAUAUGCUCAAGAUCAUAUUAGAUGCUUGGAAAUUGAAUGCCAUCAAUGUUAUAUUAGCUGUAGUUAUAUUCCAAAAUGUAGUUGAAGGGCCGAAUACAUUUCAACUACAUGAACAACUUUGUUGGCCAAAACUUAGUCAAUUUUUAACUGAUCUAUCAUAUGAUGGCGCAACAAAUUUAUUUCAACUAGCUACAAUUUCAACUAUUAUUCCGAAUGCAACGCACUAUUUUUUAUUCAGUGAUUGUCUAUUGACAAUUGGCAAUGAUGGUCCAACACAAUUCAAUCAGUUGGCAACAAAACUAAUUUGGAUACUUAAUGCAAAUUUUACACAUGAACCGACAAAUGUUUCAUUAAUUAAACAUUUAAUUAAUCUCAGUAGUGGUGGCUAUAUUACACGUGAGAAAAUUGUGACUGAAAACAAUGCAAAUGAGAUCGUUCAAUAUAUUGACAGACCACAACCAAGGUAUAUCAGUACGGAUAUUAUCAAUAACGCCUCUGUUCAUGAUAUUUAUUCGAGUCAUUCAAUUAUGCUAGCAACAGAUGCAGAACGGUUUAUACUUGUCGGGAAAAUGUCAUUACCAACUUCAGUAAAUAUUGCAAUUAAUUUUAUGAUAUUGAAUGAAAAUGCAUCGUAA